UUUCCACUAGAGCUGUGAAAUAUGAUUCCUGGACGAGCCCUACACUAUGUGCUGAAGAUUGGAGAUCGUGCCAAGAACAUCCACUUCUUCAAAAACAUCCUGGGAAUGAAGGUGCUGCGUCAUGAAGAAUUCACUGAAGGCUGCGAUGCUCAGUGCAAUGGACCCUACGAUAAUCGCUGGAGUAAGACUAUGAUUGGCUACGGUCCGGAAUCUGACUUCUUCGUCGUGGAAUUGACAUACAAUUAUGGCGUGAAGAGUUACGAUCUUGGGAAUGAUUUCGGCGGAAUGACCAUCAAGGACAAGGACAUCCUUUCCCGGGCGCAGAAUCUCAACUAUUCAGUCUCGAAGGACGGCGAGCGUGAAUUCCUCACAAGUCCUGAUGGCUAUAAGUUCUAUAUUGAGAGCGAAGCUCCAACAGGAGCGGAUAAAGUCAGUAAAGUCACUCUUCACUGUGCGAAUCUCAAGCGAUCUCUCGACUAUUGGCACGGCCUGCUGAACAUGAAGAUCCUUUCUGAGGGCGACAAGUUGGCCGUCCUCAGUUAUGGAGAUAAUCAGGCCAGUCUCGAACUGAGGGAAAUUUCUGAUCCUCUCAAUAGAGCAAAAGCUUACGGUAGAAUUGCUUUUGCCGUUCCAGCGGCCGUUCAGCCACUCAUUGAUGAGAAGAUCAAGGCCAACAAGGGAACAAUCCUCACUCCAUUGAUCUCUUUAGACACUCCAGGCAAGGCCACUGUGCAGGUGAUCAUCUUAGGCGACCCUGACGGCCAUGAAAUUUGCUUCGUGAAUGAAGAAGGCUUCUCGGAACUCUCCAAAGUCGAUUCGACGAGCGAUCAGGAGCUGGAGAAGUACAUUAAGAAGGAUCCUUUCCAGUGAGAAGUUCAGCGCGCACUUGAAAACCAACAUGCAGGGAUAUAAUGAAUCUUUGUAUCACUUUGAGCAGAAUUAAAAGCUAAAAACAUUUCCCAAUCAUGACCUCUAUUAACAAUCCCGACAAUUUAAGCUUGUUAUCAGUAAGUGUAUUGGGGAUAAGCGUAAAAAAUAAUUUCAA